ACCCAACCUUAUGAAGUAGGGUCUGGGAAUUUUUUAAGGUUUACAAUCUUAACCUUAUGAAGUAGGGUCUGAGAAUUUUUAAGGUUCACACCCCUCUAGGGUAAGCCGAGGGUUCCGGGGCUCCAGAUCCACUCUAACCCUCUCACUGUCCAGGACUAGUCAGGGAGAGUCAGGCCCAGAGCAUGGAGAUCAUGCUGGGCCAAAGGCACCUCAGGGAGAGCAACAGCCUGUGGCCCGGCUCUCCAGAGUCCCUUUAUAGGGGGCCCUGGUGGCUCCUGGAGGUUCCCCUGAAAAGGCAAAGGGGGCCUGGGGAGGCUGCAACAGCCUCAAGCUACAGCCCUGCUCAAAGACUUCAGAGCUUUCCCCAGAGCCCCUGCCUAGAAUGUGGGCUGCCUGUCCUUCCCUCUCCAGAGCUAGCUGAGCAGCGGGCCUUGGGCUUUGGCUCUGAGCUCUGCAGGAAAGGCCCCGGGGCGCCUCCUGAGACAGGCCCAAACUUUCGGGUGGCCCCCCCACACCCCCUUUGUGUCCAGGGGCUGGAGAGGACCUUCCUCCGGGGUGCUGCCCCCUUCUUCCUUGUCCUGCCUUGCAUGGGACCCGGGGAAUGCUGCCAGCUGGCCCCCCCUGACCCUCCUGACCCAUGCAUGAGGUCACAACGGGGGCCUCCUGGCUGUGUUACGCCUGCGAGGCUGCCCCUUCUUAGCUCAGCUGUCCCAGAGAGCCAUAGCCAGUCUGCCCUCCCCGCAGAGAGUAUCCUGGCCCUCCUCCAGCAGCCCCCUCCACCCCCACCCCAGAGCCCUGAUCUUCAGGCGCACCGAGACUCCCUGAGCCCAAUGAAACCCCGGAAACCCUCACCAGUUGUUCUGCCCGGAGAGCUCCACCUGCCGGAAGUGGAAGCGGAACUAUCCUUCCCGCUGUGCUUCCCCAAGCCUGGCCCUCUACAGAGAGCCGUGGCGGAGGGCAACUACCCGCCCCUCGGGCCGUUCACGGCCAUGUUCGAGAGUGACUUUCUGCAGGUCACCAACAAGGGGGAGCCUGUCUUCCUGCACAAGAAGGAGAACCCGGUGACCAUGGCUGUGGCCUCCUCCUUCCCGGGGCUCCUGCUCCCGGACCUCGUCCUGCUGGCCCGGCCCGUCCAAAGCAAGAAGCAGCCUCCGCGGCUGGAGCUCACCAGGCUGCUGCCGGCACAGCUGGUCCGCCUGUUUGUCCACAGCGAGGCCGGAUGGAGGCUGAAGCUCCGCCUGGCCUCCGGCCGCAGUUUCUACCUGAGGCUGGUGGCCGAGCCGGCCGAGGGCUGCCUCCUGUUCAACCGCUGGCGCUUCCUGAUCUUCCUGAUGCAGGGGCCCAUCCCGGCCUGGGCCCGGAGCCCCGACGAGCAGGCCGCCCAGGACGAGAGCGCCCCGAUGUCCGCAGCGGAGGCCCCCCCCAAACGGAAGGAGGUGGCCUUCCCUCCCCAGUACCCCGUCCCGAGGACCAAGGGGAGCCCGGGCUGGACCUGGGACAAAGCACUGCACUACCCUGGGCCGCUCUCCCAACUGAUGGACCAGCAGAGCGCCCCGGCCCUCCCGGAAGUGAUGUCGGAAGUGAUGUCGAGAGCGGAAGCCGCCCCCAUGUCCUUCCGGUCCCAGCAGAAGCUCCCAGUCAGGAGAGAAGAGCAGCAGAAGUGGGCGUGGCCCCAAGCGUGCGGGGGCGGGGGGGAAGGGGCGGGGGCGGGGGCGGGGGCGGGCACAAGGGCCUGGAGGAGAGGGAGGGCUGGUCCUGGACACCCAGCAGGCCAGAGUGCGGUGGGUUGCUUCCUUAGAUCAGAGCCCACCCUUUUCAGGAGGAGCACCCCGGGGAGCCUAGUGGAAGUGGAAGGGCAGCCGAGAGUCACCAUCCGGACUCUGUUCUCCACAAUUUCCGGGUCUCACCUGUCUAAGGCUGCCUCACCAGCGGAGACGUCCUCUUCAGGGCCCUCCAGGCCACCCUCCCAAGAGCACCCCCAGGAGCCGGGCACUGCCAACAAGCUGCCGCUCCCCCAAGAGCAGCCGCAGCCCCAGGAGCUCCCCCAAGAGCAGCCGCAGCCCCAGGAGCUCCCCCAAGAGCAGCCGCAGCCCCAGGAGUUCCCCCAAGACCAGCCGCAGCCCCAGGAGCUCCCCCAAGACCAGCCGCAGCCCCAAGAGCUCCCCCAAGACCAGCCGCAGCCCCAGGAGCUCCCCCAAGACCAGCCGCAGCCCCAGGAGCUCCCCCAAGACCAGCCGCAGCCCCAGGAGCUCCCCCAAGAGCAGCCGCAGCCCCAGGAGCUCCCCCAAGACCAGCCGCAGCCCCAGGAGCUCCCCCAAGAGCAGCCGCAGCCCCAAGAGCUCCCCCAAGACCAGCCGCAGCCCCAGGAGCUCCCCCAAGAGCAGCCGCAGCCCCAGGAGCUCCCCCAAGACCAGCUGCAGCCCCAGGAGCUCCCCCAAGACCAGCUGCAGCCGCAGCCCCAAGAGGGCCCCCAAGAGAGGCGCCAUUCCAAGAGGCACCACCACCACUCAAAACACCACCACCACCAUUCAAAAUGGCAGCAGCUCCCCCAAGAGCAGCCACAGCCCCGAAGGCUGUGCAAAUGCCCGAGCAUGCAGGAGCCGCCACUGCGGGUUAAGGUUCGGGAAACCUUAGGGGAGCCCAGAACACUGGCCGAAGGUCUUUUAAAAAAAAUUGAGGCCUGGGAUGCCUGGCGGUUCGGGUGGGUCCGCUGCCAGCCUCCGGAAGCCGCCGGGGUCGCCACAGAGCAGCCCAAGGACAACCAGAGGGACGGUCCGGAGCCCACCCAGGCCUCACAGCCCUGCGCCAGUUUCAAGGCUCUGAGGAAGGCUAUCCAGAAGCCACCGAGCUGGCUCACCAGAGCAUGGCAACAGGGCAAAAAGGUGGUCUGCACCUGUACCAGGGGCUCCAGCUAAUCCCCUGCCCAGGCCACCUAACUGCAUUAGAUUUUUUUUUUAUUUUUUUAAAAUAUAUUUUAUUUGAUUAUU